UCCUUCCCCCGUCCGCAGCCGGCUGGGGUCGGGGCUGUGUCGGUGCUGUCUCCCGAUCUGCACGGGGCAGGCCAUCUGUGRAAAAGAAGAAAGAGGAAAAAAUGAAACACUUAUUCUUGAUAUUUCUCAUGAAUUUAUUACACCAGUAUGCUGGCAAAUCUUUGAGAAGAGAUGGCAGUUACCUGAAAUCAUUUGAAGACAUUAAGAAUGAGAUAGCUGGCUAUACUAAUGUUGCCAAGGCUAUUAUUGAUCUUGCUGUUCAUGGAAAGGCUCAGAACAGAUCCUACGAAAGAUUAGCAGUUUUUGUUGACACCAUAGGACCUAGACUCAGUGGUUCAAAAAACUUAGAGGCAGCCAUCGAAUAUAUGUACAGUGCCCUGCAGAAAGAUGGGCUGGAAAAUGUGCAUCUGGAGCCUGUGAAAGUACCACACUGGGAAAGAGGAGAAGAGUUUGCAGUGAUGCUGGAACCAAGGAAUCAUAGCAUUGCUAUUUUGGGACUUGGGAACAGUAUUGCAACUCCUCCAGAAGGAAUUACAGCGGAGGUCAUAGUGGUGGCCUCAUUUGAUGAACUGCACAAAAGAGCUCAGGAGGCCAAGGGAAAGAUUGUUGUCUACAAUGAACCUUUCAUCAGUUAUGGUGAAACRGUGCAAUACAGGGUACGGGGAGCAGUGGAAGCUGCUAAAGUUGGAGCAGUGGCAUCCCUCAUUAGAUCUAUUGCUUCUUUUUCUAUUCACAGCCCACAUACCGGGGGACAGAGUUACCAGCCUGAUGUACCCAAAAUUCCCACUGCUUGCAUCUCUGUGGAAGAUGCUGAAAUGAUGUCACGAAUGUCUCUGCGGGGCACUAAGAUUGUUGUGCACCUGAAGAUGGGAGCUAAGACUUAUCCAGACUCUCCAUCCUUUAACACUGUGGCAGAGAUAGUUGGAAGCAAGUACCCAGAGCAGGUUGUAUUGGUCAGUGGACAUCUGGACAGCUGGGACGUUGGGCAGGGAGCUAUGGAUGAUGGUGGUGGAGCAUUUAUAUCAUGGGAAGCAYUGUCACUCAUUAAGGAUCUGGGACUUCGUCCAAAAAGGACUCUGCGCUUGGUGCUAUGGACAGGAGAAGAGCAAGGAGGAGUAGGUGCCGGGCAAUACUAUCAGUUGCACAAGGAAAAUAUCUCCAACUUUGACAUCGUUAUGGAGUCUGAUGAGGGCACCUUCAAGCCAUCUGGUCUGGGUUUUUCUGGCAGUGCUGAAGCCCGGGACAUCGUGAAAGAGAUCAUGACUCUGCUGCAGCCCAUCAAUGCUACGGAUGUUUACAACAACGCGGAUGGAACUGACAUCGCCUACUGGAUGAGAGACGGGGUGCCUGGUGCCAGCUUGCAUGAUGACAUCAAUAAAUACUUCUGGUUUCAUCAUUCUCAAGGGGACACGAUGACAGUUCAGGAUCCAAACCAGAUGAAUCUCUGUGCUGCUGUUUGGACUGUUGUCUCCUAUGUAAUUGCUGACAUGGAGGAGAUGUUGCCAAGGUAAUAAAACAGCAAGAAAGAAGAUUUCUGUUCUUCAGUAAAGGUUGUUAGUCCACUAAUACAUGUGGGCUACAGCUGUGGUAAAUUCUGUUAAUCUUGGUUAUUAUUAUUAU